CAUGGCGCUGCGAUUCGCUGCCCCCCUCCUGCGCCUGGCCCGGAGCGGCGUCCGCUGGGGGGGCACCGGCCCCCCGGCACAGGCCGCCCCCUUCGACUGGCAGGACCCGCUGGGGCUGGAGGGGCUGCUGAGCCCCGAGGAGCGGCUGCUGCGAGACACGACCCGCAAGUACUGCCAGGAACGGCUCCUGCCGCGGGUCCUGCGGGCAAACCGGGAUGAGGUGUUUGACCGGAGAUCGUCAAUGAAUGGGGGCUCUGGAGUCCUGGGCCCCACCAUCCAAGGGUACGGCUGUGCGGGCACCACGUCGGUGGGCUACGGGCUGGUGACGCGGGAGCUGGAGCGCGUGGACAGCAGUUACCGCUCCGUGCUCAGCGUCCAAUCCUCCCUCGUCAUGUUCCCCCUCUGGGCCUACGGGACCCCCGCCCAGAGGGAGCGCUACCUGCCCCGCCUGGCCCGGGGGGAGAUGUUGGGGUGCUUUGGGCUGACGGAGCCGAACCACGGCAGCGACCCUGGCUCGAUGGAGACGCGGGCGCGGCUCAACCCCGGGGGGGGCUCCUACACCCUCAGGGGCACCAAGACCUGGAUCACCAACUCGCCCGUGGCCGACCUGUGCUUGGUGUGGGCCAAGUGUGAGGAGGACGGCAGGGUGAGGGGCUUCCUGGUGGAGCGCUGGACCCCCGGGCUGAGCACCCCCAAAAUCGAGGGCAAGUUCUCCCUGAGGGCCUCGACCACCGGGAUGAUCGCCCUGGACGACGUGGAGGUGCAGGACAACGUGCUGCCCAACGCCGUGGGGCUGGCGGGCCCCUUUGGGUGCCUGACCCAGGCCCGGUACGGCAUCGCGUGGGGCGCGCUGGGCGCGGCCGAGGCGUGCCUGGAGACCGCUCGUCAAUACGUCCUGGACAGGAAGCAGUUCGGGGGGCCCCUGGCACGGAACCAGCUGGUGCAGAGGAAGUUGGCGGACAUGGUGACCGAGAUCGCGCUGGGGCUGCACGCCUGCCUGCGCCUCGGCCGCCUCAAGGACGAGGGCAGGGCCAGCCCUGAGAUGGUGUCGAUGCUGAAGCGCAAUUCCUGCGGGAAGGCGCUGGCCAUCGCGCGGGACGCGCGGGACAUGCUGGGGGGCAACGGGGUGUGCGACGAGUUCCACGUCAUCCGGCACCUCAUGAACCUCGAGGCCGUCAACACCUACGAAGGAACCCACGACAUCCACGCGCUGAUCCUGGGCCGAGCCAUCACCGGGAUCCAGGCGUUCGCCCCCCCCAGGGGGACAUAGUGGGGACAGCUGGCACCGUGGGGACACCAGGGACACCAGGGACAGCUGGCACCGUGGGGACAACAGGGACACCCAGGACAGUGGGGACAGCUGGCACCGUGGGGACACCAGGGACACCCAGGACACUAGGGACAGCUGGCACCGUGGGGACACCAGGGACACCCAGGACAGCGGGGACAGUGGGACACCCAUCAGGGACACUCAGGACAUUGGGGACACCCAGCGCAGGUGGGGACAGGUGGCACUCGCAGGGAGGGACGUGGGGACACAGCAAUGCCACCUGGACACGGAGCCACCACCCGGACUCAUUGUCACCAACGGGACCUGGUGUCACCCCAACCCAAUCUGGUGUCACCAGCCGGACCCAACAUCACCAACUGGACCCAAUGUCACCAACUGGACCCGGUGUCACCCCAACCCAACCUGGUGUCACCAGCUGGACCCAAUGUCACCAACUGGACCCAGUGUCACCAACUGGACCCGGUGUCACCAACUGGACCCGGUGUCACCCCAACCCAACCUGGUGUCACCAGCUGGACCCAAUGUCACCAACUGGACCCGGUGCCACCCCAACCCAACUUUGUGCCAUCGACGGGGCCCAGUGUCACCAACAGGGCCGGGUGUCACCAGCUGGACACGGUGCCACUGACGAGCCUCGGUGUCACCCCACCCAAACUCACGUGCCACUGGCAGGGCCCGGUGUCACCACCCGAACCUCCUGUCACCGGCGGGACUCGGUGGCACCGACUGGACUCGGUGUCACCAGCGGGACUGGGUGGCACUGACGGGAUUCGGUGUCACCCACCAACCCUGUUGUCACCCAGGUGUCACCAAUGGGGCUGGUGUCCCCCCCAGGACUCAGUGUCACCCAUGGGAGCCGGUGUCCCCCCCAGGACAGGACUCAGUGUCACCCAUGGGAGCCGGUGUCCCCCCCCCAGGACAGGACUCAGUGUCACCCACCAGCCCUGCUGUCACCUGGGUGUCACCAAGGGGACCCCGGAUGUGCCUUCGCCGUCCCUGCAGCCAAUAAAGGGCAGGACGGCCCCUCCCCCCCCGUGCCAGCCACCAUUAAUUAACAGCAGCGCUAAUUAACCCUC